AUGCUGCGGAUGCCGUGGGGUGCAACGCGGCUGCUGCGCGCGGCAAGACGCACCGUGGCCUCCGCCGGCGCGCAGGGGGCCAAGCGAGCCCCCGUAACUUCGGCGGCGCCAGUGACUUCGCCCCCGGCGGCCGGUGAGGCCCGGGCGGGGGCCGCAUCGCUGAAGGACGUCCGAAGAAUCUCAAAGACGUCCAACUUUGUGCCCGACCACCGCGAGAAGGUCCUGCAAAUAUUUCAGCGCCUGGCGGAGAUCAACAACGCACUGCAGGAGCGGUACAAGGCGCAGUCGUACCAGAUUGCCGUGGACAACCUCAAACGGGACGACUUUAUCUUUGUGCACCUCCCACCGAACGUCACGCCGCCCGGCGUCGAUGACGCGCAGAGGGCGGAGCAGUUAAACGCCGUCAACGCGACGCCCGCCGUGGGGGAGAAGCUCAAGGCCAAAAUUGUGGAGAUUCUCUCCACCGGCGACCUUGCGGAGCUUCACAGCCUGCAGGCAAAACCCAUCAUCCGCGCCAUUCAGGACCUCACGCAGGUGCACGGCGUCGGCCCCCGCACCGCGGUGACGUUUUACAAGAAGUACGGCAUUAAAUCCGUUGCGGAGCUGCAGCAGCGCACGCAGGGGCAGAGCGCCGAAACGGGCCAGGGCGGCGGUAGUAGCAAGAAAAGUUCCAGGAAAAGUUCCACGGCUGACGAUGACGCCGUCCUGCACCUCACCGAGGCGCAGCGUUUAGGACUCAAGUACUAUCGCGACAUUAUGCAGCGCAUCCCGUACGAGGAAGUGCGUCUGCACGAGGCUUUUUUGAAGCUGCGGCUGCGAAAGUACCUGGGAAAGGGCUACGAACUCUCCAUCUGCGGAAGCUACCGACGACGACUGCCAACGUCUGGCGACAUUGACGUGCUCAUCACACGCAAGACAAACGGCAAGGCCCCCGCCGCCCGCCAAAAGAAGGGCAAAAAGGGCGGCACAAGUAGCGGGGAGCGGGUCUUGGCUCCGCAGGAGGUGCUUGCGGCGUUCGUGGAGGCCCUCAAGCAGGAGCGGUACAUUGAGGCAACCCUGGCGCAGGGGUCGACAAAAUUCAUGGGGGUGAGUCGCCUGAAGAGCUACAACUACAAUGCGGGGGCGACAAGCCCAAAGCUGUACCCCGCGCGGCGACUCGAUAUUCGCUUUGUGGAACCGGAGUGCUUCCCCGCGGCACUCCUGUACUUUACUGGCAGCAAGAACUUUAACGUUGUCAUGCGGGCAGAGGCGAUCAAGCAGAACUUCGUGCUGAACGAGUAUGGCCUGUUCCACAACGGCGCGACCGCGCCUGCGGCUGCGGAGGACGGAGGGAAGAAUGCCAGUAAUAGCAAAAAUAAGUCUAACAAUAACAGCGCGGCACGGGGCCGGUGGAAUGCCGAGGCAUUUCAGAAGUUGGUGCGGGCCCAGUACUACUCCGCCAAGUCCCCCGCAUUCAUGGACGAUGACGACGGCGAGAAUGACGACGAGGGCGGCGAUGGGGACGCCGGCGGAAGGAGGCACCGGAAGGAGGACUUGGAAUCGCGGCAGCGGCAACAGCAGCACGAGCUCGCCGCCCUCUGGCGCGAGGUGGAGGCGCGGCGUGUGAAGGUGAAACACGAGCGUGACGUAUUUGACGCGUUAGGCAUGACGUACGUUCAACCAGAGCAACGCGAGAUGUGA